AAGCCUUAAUAGACGUUCGAAUAUGGUACGCUCCGUACUGUGACCUUGGUGUGCUCCGGAUCAUAUUCGAUGGUAUGUUCAGCGGUCCGCCGCACAUUAUUAUUAUUAUUGACGGUGCGCUCGGUUCGAUGAUUCUUCCAAAGGAUUUGGUGCGGUCCGCACCUAGUUCGCUCGUGUGGACGAACCACCGCACCGUUUAGUGGUUCAGUCGCAAUUGUACCUCCGAGAGAGGAACACGUUACACGUUUUCAAUGGCGUCAGACGAAGAAGCCGUGAAUAUAACGGAAAAAAGAUUAAUUGUGGAAGUAUUGGAACUGUACAAAGAUUUUCCAUGUUUGUGGGAUUCGUCUCACGACCUAUACUGUAACAAAGAUGCCCGCAGUCAAGCUUGGGAAAUAAUUUUACAAAAUGGAAAACGGGUUACCCACGUGCCACCACAGAGGACGUCAAGAAAAAAAAUUGAACAUCUUAGAGCUGCAUAUAGGCGUGAACGAAACAAGGUGGAAGCCAGCAAAUCAACUGGUGCUGGGUCGAAAGACGUACACACUCCUUCACUAUGGUACUAUCCGUAUUUAACUUUUCUUCACGAGAAAACAAUUCCGAUAUCAGAGGGAAUCGAUAGACAAGAACCUGUAACAAAAAAAGAAAAACCUACAAAUAAGCAGCUAAAUUCUCUAUACAAGAAACAAGAAGAAUUGAUUCAGUCCGCGACACAGUUAAUCAAAGAGAGCAGCUCGCAUGAAGAUACAUCAGCAGAUGCUUUUGGUCGCUCAGUUAGCUUUCAGUUAAAAGAAUUACCGAAACUGCAGCGAUACAUAGCAGAAAAAAUGAUUGGAGAACUAUUGUUCUAUGCUAAAUUAGAAGAACUCUUUUUAGAUACUUCAAUAAACUUAAAUAAAAACAUACAUACUGGCACACAAUCCUACGACACUCAACCACAUAGCAGCCAUUUAUAUCAGCAACAUUCAUUACCGUCCUCAUCAUGUUUGCAAUAUUCGCAACCAUCUCCGUCUCCUCAAUAUCCGCAACCAUCUCCGUCUCCUCAAUAUCCGCAACCAUCUCCGUCUCCUCAAUAUUCGCAACCAUCUCCAUCUCAAUAUUCACAAACAUCACAGUCACCCAAAUAUUCACAAAGAUCACAAUCACCUAAACAUUCGCAAACAUCACCUAAACCAUUAUCAUCAUCUCACUACUUACAACAUUCAUCUUCAUUAUGCCAACAAUCGACACCCUCUCUACCUCGAACACCAGCAGAUACGAUAACAAUUCAUUCAGCAGACCCACAUUCUCAAUCUUUGAGUCCAGUAUUAUUACCAAAUGACAUACAAGAGUUUUUGAUUUUUAAAAAUUAAAUAUUUUCCGAAAUGACAUGUAAUAAAUAAAAUUUAAAAAUUUAAGACUAAAUAAAUAAUUUUGUAUGGAAUUAGUCUUAUUAUUUUUAA